AUGGUGAGUGCGGGAUUGGGGGCGGCGGGGAAUCCUUUGCCAUCCGUCGCCGUUUAGGGCCCUGCGGCCGGGGCCGCGUAGGGAAGCGUUUCCCCGGAGACUGCUAAAGACGGGGAGCCGUGUAUUUUUGGCCGCGUCCCGCAGGCGUUGCGGCCGCUCAGCCGCCGGAGCCUCGAGUCCCAUAGCGCGAAAAGAGCGCAGGGAGCUGCUACAAGGAGGCCCGGUUGGGCCUACCAGCGCGCUCCGUCUGUCUCGGCAGCGCCACGGGUUGGUUGGGCGGAGGUUAGAGGGAGAGCCGUGCAGAGGCCCGGGCCUGGCUCGGGUCACCUCCCAGCUCGAGCCACGACCCGUAGUCUUGUUUCUAGCGUUGCUUUAAGGCGAGGAAUGGGAGUGACUAAACGUGUGGCUGCAAAGUUGAUGGGUUGCAAGUAUACUAGCGUGUUAGGCUAGCAUGUGUUUGCUCUGAUUUCUGGAGUGAAAGAUGCUACUGGACUGAGAAGGAUGCAGAAUGCUCGGGUUUCUUAAUAAAUAAAAUCACCUUAAAGUACUGUAGAAAAAUGAAAGCUCUUGGUUCUUUUAAUAUAUAUCGCAUACAUCAUGUUGGAUAGCUUAUGUGUGCGAGUGUACACAUGGGUCCCCUAAUACUGAUGCUUUGGCCAGUUGGUAUUAAAAUGCCUAAGGGUGUCUCAGCGAACUUUGUGAAUGUUCGAAAAUGCUUUACAGCCAGAUCCUACCCAUGUAUACUCAGAUUAAAACCUCAGUUUCAAUGGGGCAGAGGCCUCAGGGAUCGCAUCACUAUAAUAUUUUAUUGGGUUUUGUUGGUAUACCAACUGAAUCGAACACAACCAUAGCAAUGGAAAGGUGAACUAAAAAACAAAAAGGUUGGCAAAAGGGUAAGGGGCUUUGGGCACCUUCUGAGGGAGGCUGGCACCCCUCGUUCUUAGAGGGAUUUGAAAGUCAUUUAAAAUCUGAAAUGCGUUGUCAUUUUGAGUGAAAAGCAUGCCUUUCAUUUAAUAAUAAGGUAGUGCUGGAAAAGAGCACAGAAAAUUGACAGUGCCUGUAAACCCACCAUAAAUUUUCUGUAGUUUUUGUCAUUCAGUGGAAAUGAGAGAUUUGUGGUUUCAUUUUAGAAAUGUUUCACGUCCUUUGUAUGGUUAAGCCUUCACCAAUCUGGUGUCCUCCUAAUUUGUUGGACUGCAACUCCUAUUUCCUUCAGUCAUGACAGCUGUAUUGUGCUGGUAUGGGAUGAUGAGCAUGUAUAUAGUACAUUUCAAGGAAACAUUCAAAAAGAUCCUAGUAAUCCCAACAGUGGGCCAGCAUUGUUUCUGUCUUGCUGGGGCAAAGACUGAGGGAGAAUUGCUUUUCUGAAACCACAAAGUGAAUGGCAUAGCAGAGAUGGGAGCUGAAUAUCUUGUAGUUCACACUCUUCAUAUGCUGUAACAACCCAAUAACUUUUGUCCUUAUACUAUGUAUGCAAAGUACACUUGGUUUUUUUCUAUAAAACACUUGUUGCUCGUUAAUGCUUUAUCAAAGUGUAGGAUUAAGAAUGUUUUACAUCUGUUUAUUCUAAUAAUGUAACACUGCAUAUUAUUAUAAUCAUAGCAUUUGCAUAAACAUUUCCAUUUAUGUUUUAGACGAAAGGAACAUCCUCCUUUGGAAAGCGUCGCAAUAAGACGCACACUUUGUGCCGUCGAUGUGGGUCCAAGGCCUAUCAUCUCCAGAAGUCCACCUGUGGAAAAUGUGGAUAUCCUGCUAAGCGCAAGAGAAAGUGUAAGUGCAGAACUUCCCAAAUGCAGGAACAUAUCUGACUUUCACAUGACUGGUUCUGUGAUACCUUGCUGCUUUGAGUUCCAUGGUGUUGCACUAUAUAAAUGCAAAUACAUAGUUUAUUGUGAAAAUAUUUUGCCUGAGAAAAACUGUGUAGCCAGUUUAAUAUAACUUUGGAUUUUAUGACUUGUAGCUAUAGGCAAUCAGAGGUUUCAUGCAGGCAAGUGACUGGGCUGAGGAAGGAGUAACAGGUUGUGCUCUCCUUUUUCUGCUUUGAUAGCAAUUCAGUGUAGAAAUUCAGGCUACUAGCUUGAGCACACUAGUAAAAAUGGGCAGGCUAAUUACCUGUGUGUGUGUGUCACAGUUUUAACAUAUGUGGAGAACAAAAAGUUUUCACAUUUUCUGAGAUUGCUAUUCAUAUUUUCCACCCUUGGCCUUUUCAAAGAGAGGCAGCGUGGGUAGAGUGGUUAAAGUGUAGGGACUAGUAUUGAAGUCAACAAGGUUUGAAUCCUUACUCAAGCCAUGUGUUUCACUGGCUGACAUCGGGCCAAUCACUCUCUGUGCCUUAUCUGUGAGCAUAAAAAUGGGCAGUAGAACCCGUGGAGGAAAGCUGAUACGCAGAUCAAAUAAACUUGCUUCUUGAUUGUAAUGCAUCACAUAAUCUCCUUUUUUUGUAUUCUAGAUAACUGGAGUGCUAAGGCCAAGAGGCGCAAUACUACCGGAACUGGCCGUAUGAGGCAUCUGAAAAAGGUCUACCGCAGAUUCAGGUACAGUAGAGUAUCCUUACUGUUACAGAUAAUGUGUUCUGGAAUGCAAUGCGGGUUAUUUAAUGCAAGAUCCAUAUGAAUAUAUGCUGUAAGCUACCAUGGUGGGUUUUCUUUUUAAAGGGCAGGGUAUAAAUAUUAAUAAAUUAGAAGUAAUGAGUUCUAGCUAACAAGAUUAAUGUGCCUGUUAGUCAUGUCCAUUACAACAGUAAUUGGUAAUAAAGCAAUUAUAUCUCUUAAAUGAGAUUAAGCGUCACUGAACUCAGUGAGACUUUCUCCUUAGUAAACUUGUGUAGGAUUGCACUGUAAAUAGUCUUAACCUGGCAGUGUAUUCUAAACAAAUAGCAGCCCCAAUGGCUGAUAUAUUUACAGCAGUGCAUCUUGAAGUCCAUUAUACUGUUGAAAACACUACCAGGGUUUUUUAAUCUCACUGCUUUAACCCCCAUCCCCUAACACACACACACACACACACGCGCAAUGUAUAUACUUGAGACUGAGGAUUAAAGUUCACUCAUCUGACAAAGCUGAUGCUAGUCCAUGAAGAUUUAUGACAUAAUAAAUUGGUUAGUCUUUAAGACAGGUUUGUAUUGCAACAAACACAGCUACCUCUCUGGGGGGGUGUGGAAACAUUAAAGGGCACUUUAAAACGUUCAGCAUGUUGAGAAGUGUUUAUUCAUUUUAGAAGCUUAUCUAUGAUGCCUACAAAAAACAAAAGUCUGAACAUCUGAGUUCAUAAGUGAUUUCAUUUUUUAACUGAGAUAAGCUGAUUAAAAAGAACACUAAAAUCAGUUAAAUGGAAAAGUUCGCUCUAGAACACUUGUAGUAAUCACUAACUCCACUUCGUCUUGUAUACACAGGAAUGGAUUCCGUGAAGGAACAGCGCCAAAGCCCAAGAGAGCUGCUGUUGCAGCAUCCAGCUCAUCCUAA